UUCUUGUUGGCGGUUGUUGAUUUUUCUUUCACUCUUUGGGUUGAUUUCUAUUCUCUAUGUGUAAUUUUAAUUUCUUUUUAUUUUAAUUAAUUUGUUGUGAUUAUGUUGGAUUAAGAUUUAUCCAGGAUGAAUCGACUUGUUGAUUACUUCAUCAUUCUUGGAUUUGAUGAUCAAAAACAAGCUGGUACUCUUGGAUCAGGCAAAGUGUUACAACGAUUUCCAGAAAAUGAUUGGCCUGAUGUGCCUCUAAUUGAUGGCUUGGAAUUGUUUUGUCAACCUUUAGGAUGGAGAUUGUCAUCAAGUCUACAAGAACCAUCUUUCUUUGUCUCCGUGAUGACUUAUAUGGAUGCAAAUAAACACUAUUGUGCCUUCUUAUCCUUUUAUGAGCCCAUCUCUCUCAACUCAAUUAAACAACCCGAUGAAGAGGAUAGUGAGAUUGACGUUAUUUUAGAUCAAAAUACCAGUGGUUCAAUUAAUGAUUGUUCAUCAACCAACUCAUCAUCUAUGUUUGCACCAAAAUGUAUUGUUUUACAAUCGAGACAUAAUUUUGUUGAAGUGUUUAAGAACUGCCUGGAAACAAUUUAUACUGUUCACUUGGAAUGUAUGGAUAUUUCACUGGAAAAAUUAGUCGGAAAUUUAUUAUGUAUCGAGGUUCCCUCAGCAGGAUCUCAAUUGAAAUUCUCAAUCGGUGCCAAUGAUAAACAAUUACUCACUAUGCCACUGAGUACAACUGUUCCCGUUACUGGGACAACGGUUGUCCAACUUUUCGAGAGGCUUAAUGUUCACAAUGUUAUCAGUCUUUUCACCGCAGUUAUGACUGAUAAUAAGAUUCUCUUUCAAUCGGACAGUUACUCUCUCCUUUACGAAUCUUGCCAUGCAUUAACCUCACUCAUGUACCCAUUUGUUUACAGUCAUGUGUACAUUCCGCUUUUACCCUCAUCUUUAUUGGAAAUGUUAAGUUCACCAACACCCUUUAUAAUGGGUGUACAUUCGAGCCUUCAAGACGAAGUUGAAGAUCUUCUUGACGUGAUAGUGGUUGAUCUUGAUGUUGGUUGUAUCUCGAUUCCCGAUUGUAUACAUUUACCUAAACUUGAUGGUCCGGCCUACAAUGAAAUGGUCUAUCAACUUCGAUCCGUCAUAACACCACAAUUAAUGAGGAAAGAUGUUGCUUUACGAUCUAGUCAUUUAAAGUCAUCGCCACCUCAUCUUCUGGAUAAAGAAAUCAGAGCCAUUUUUGUUCGCCUUUUCAGUCAAAUGUUACAAGGCUAUCGAACAUGUUUACAAAUUGUUCGAAUCAACCCAAAGCCCUUUAUCACUUUCCACAAGGCCUCAUUCCUUGGUAAAAGAAACCUUGUUGAAAAUGAAUUUGUCGUUCGUUUACUGGAGAGUAUGUUUUUCAAUUCAUUUGUCCAGGAACGUGGAACACCUUAUAGAACAAGUGAUCUUUUCGAUGAGCUUUAUGCAACCAUGCACGAUACCCUGAAAAGAGAGAUGACUAACUCUGAACUGGUUAUCAAAGAUAUUAAAGAAUUGGCUCAUCAACUAUAUCUAAAUGAGCAUCCACAUCCAAAGGAUCCAAAUCAAAUCAAAAUACCAUUACCACCUGAGGGAGUUUUUACCCGAGUCCAUCAACCCAAAUUUCCCAUCUUUAAAUCUGAAAUAAUUCAAGAAAUUUUAGAUGAUGAUAGAAUUAGAAGAGAAAUGUUAACCGUAGAUAAACCUAAACCUAAAGCAGAAUCACGAAUUAUCGCCUUUGGACCAGCGUUUUGUGUUCCAUUCAAUUCGGAUUCAGUUUUGUUUACCAAUUCUGCUCGUCGUUUGGAGGUGAUGCGUAAUUGUAUUAAUUGUAUCUUCGAGGAAAAGAUACAAGAUGCACGUAAAUCAUUUCCAGCAGUUUUACGUGCGUUGAAAAAUAAAUCUGAAAGACUUGCCUUGGCUAAAGAAUUAGCAGCUCACGUCACUGGUAACAAGUGUGUCUUAACUCAUGAGCAAUUUGAUUUAAUUGUAAGAUUAAUGAAUUGUGCUCUACAACAAGAUUGUGAUUAUUUGGACGGCAGUGCCUCUGGUCUACGUUUAAGGGGAUUGGGUGAUGUUAACGGUCUUGCUGCUGCCAUUUUACCUUUGAGCAUGAAAUUUUGCCGUCGCCUUGGAAUCGGUGGUAAUGCUGGUGUCUUACAAUUUACUUACACUUGUUUACAGGAUCACCUGAUUUGGGAAAAUAUGGGCUUUUGGGAAUCAACUUUCUAUCAGAAUGUUGAACAAGAAGUUACAUCUUUAUAUGGAUCAACCAAAGAUACCCACCUAACACCACUUGAUAUCGCCGCUGAGCAAAUACGUUUAAAGCCAAAAUUGAGUGAACAGCAAAUUCAACAAUAUGCAUCUAGUGAAGAAUCAACUGUUUACAGUCAAGCAGUUGAUUAUACUCAUCAAAUUGUUUCCCUUAAAAUACCUCUUGAUAUUGGUUUUCAUGAGAAGAAUACUCGAAGUGCAAAAUUAAAUAAUUCAUCGGUUGAAGGAGGUCAUCAUAGUGAUACCAAUUCAAAUUUUACCGGUGGUGGUGCUCGUCGGGAAAGUUAUCGAGAUGAUAAAGAUCAUGAAAAGGAGACUCGAGAUUUUGACAAUGAAAGUGGUUUUGAGGAAGGAUCUAAUGGUAAAGGUCACGCUGCCGUUUCUGAGAUUAGUGUUAAUGUUAUUAAAUUUUUGGGAAGAUUUAUUGAUAAAGUUUGCACUGAUGGUGGUGUUUCUGAAGAUCAUAUCAAAUCACUUCAUUCAAUGAUACCUGAUAUAGUUGCCAUUCAUUGUAACACCCUUGAUGCAAUUUACAAAGAGAGUAAAAAUAUACCUCCCGUCACAAAGCCUAAGAUAAUUACACCAAGUUUACUACCGGGUGAGGAUUUGGUCAUGAAAAGUUUAAGAGCCUACCUGAUACCUGAUGGUCGAGAUGAAGUUCUUGGAUCAGCGGUCAGUGGUUCAAGUGUCACACAAAUUCCCCAGUCAAUAGGUGGACCUGUUCUUCUGCCCGCUGAAGGAGCCAUUUUCCUAACCAAUUAUCGAGUAAUUUUCAGAGGUCGUCCAUGUGACCAAUAUGCGGCGGAAAAUGUAAUCGUUCGAAGUUUUCCAAUUUCCACUCUGGUCAAGGAAAAGAAAGUGAACAUUUCCUCCAAGUAUCUGAUAGAAACCAUUGACCAGUGUAUUCAAGAGGGUUUACAGUUGAGGUCAAACAUUUUCGAGUUGAUGAAGAUCGCUUUUGAUGAAGAGGUUUCCUCGGAAGACAUUGAAACUUUAAGAAAAAUGAUCAACAAGGCUCGAACUCCACCCAAUGUAUUCCAUAUGUUUGCCUUUACCUCUCAAAUUGCAAUGUCACACCAGUUGAGUUUGUUGAAUUUACAAAAACAGAAGGAAAAAAGUAGCACCUUUAAAGGGAUGGCUAAGAAAACGCUCAUGCGAACCGCUCAAAUGGCCGGAAUCAAAAAUCUUAAAUCAAAAUAUCGUAAAAGUAAAUAUCUUAUGCCAGCUUCCGGGAUUUAUGGUUCAAAAACAUUAACUCCAGGUUAUAAUCGUCAAUCAAUGAUUGAUUCAGGGGACGAGAAAUCAGUCUCUGAUGAUAUAUCAAUCAACAGUGAUUCAUCUCAUGUUCACUCAACAUCAACUUUACCACCUUUAUCCAGUUCCUCGGUUGUUGGUAGUAACGUUGAUGUACAUCUCUCACCUGUUAACCCGAAAGACUCACGAAUACUCAAGAAAUUGACUGAAUUAAGCUACGUCAAGGAUUACCAAAGAUUAGGAUUAGGAUCUGUGAAAGAUAUUCUCUCACCAAAUGGUGUAAACAGUUAUUCUGGUUUAACCUCGCCCACUUCCUCUAAAAGUUUCAAAGCCUCAAAUUUAAACAAUAGUACCUCUUCCUCCUCAUCCUGUGAAGGUUUCAGAAUAAGUUCAGUCAAUUCAUCAUACUCGGUGGCUGGUACAUAUCCUGCAUUCCUUGCGGUACCCGCCUCAGUUUCUGAUGACAGUUUACAAAGAUUAAGUCGAUGUUACAAAUUUUGUCGUUUUCCAGUCAUCGUUUGGAAACAUCCAACAUCCAAAGGUUUAUUACUCAGAGCCUCGUCUUUCCAUGGUAAAGGAGGAAUCAACAAUACAACCACCUUGUCUAGUGAUCUUUCAACUUUCAGCACUCGAAAAUGUAUUUACAUUUUCGGUGAAAAUGGUUUAAUUAAAUCAGCCCAAUCUGAUAAUCAGUCAAAUAUGAUUGAAUUUGUUCCCAUCGAGUAUCAUGAGGUACGACAAGUUAAGCAAAGCUUUAAGAAAUUGAUGAAAGCCUGUUGUCCAUCAAGUUGUUUAACUGACCCAGAGCAAAGUUUCAUCCGUCAAGUGGAAAACAGUGAAUGGUUAAAUCAAUUACAAACAAUUAUGAGAAUUUCUAGUACAAUUAUUGAUUUGAUUGAUUUACAAGGAUCAACUGUAACAUUUUGUCUGGAAGAUGAUUUAGAUUUGGUUCCACAAAUUGUUUCAAUUGCUGAGCUUUGCUUGGAUCCAUAUUAUCGGACUUUUGAAGGUUUUAGGGUUCUCAUAGAGAAAGAGUGGCUCGCUUUUGGUCAUCGUUUCAGUCAUCGAUCAAAUCAUACUGCCCAAACGAUUACUUCCGGUUUCGCUCCAAUAUUUCUACAAUUUUUGGACAUUGUCCAUCAGAUUAUGAGACAAUUUCCUCUCUCUUUCCAAUUCAAUGAAUAUUAUCUUCGCUUUGUUGCCUAUCAUUAUGUUUCCGGUCGAUUUAGAACUUUCCUUUUAGAUAGUGAGGCUGAAAGAGCGAAAUAUGGUUGGCCUUUGGAAGAUGCAACCAGAAAAUAUUCUGAUUUUACCGAUGAUGAUUACGAAUAUGGCCUGGAUGAUGACGUUUUAUCUGGAUCUACGAACGGAACUCUAACAUCUCACACCGUUAAUGGAUUAGAUAUAAAGAGUACAUCUUUCUGGGACUAUGCUGAAAGAAUCUGGAACAAAAGUCCAAUAUUUUUCAAUUUUUACUACAUUCCAACAAGUUAUCUUUGCCCCGAAUCCAGUUUGUGUGUCCUUCGACCUUAUUGUAGUAUAAGUAACCUCAAAGUUUGGGACUACUACCUGACGGAGCAAUUAAACCAUGGACCUAGUUAUGAUUUUGAAGUAGUUCAAUAUGAGAAACAGCGAAGAGAGGAGAUUGAGGCCACCGAGCAGAAUAAAGACAAAUCAAAGAGAACCAUAAUCAACGCUUCGUAUGACUGUACAACCCAUUUCCAGGCCAAUUGUUUCGAGGAAAUGUUGGAAAAGGUUAAAAACAUGGAAAUGGAAUUGGGUAAACUAAACGGACACCAACAAAAAUGGCAGAGUAUCUGGGAUCGGAUGGAGAUACCUGUUAUUAAUUCAUCAAACAAGAUGAUUAACUCAAAUGAAUUGAUCAAUCGACAGGGAUCCAUAAAAAGUCAAAUAUUAGGUCGUUAUGCACGAACAGUACAUCAUAAGAAAAAUACACUCGACCUGAAGAAACUAUUCUCAAAGCGUCUAAAACAAAAGUCUAAUCAUCCUAAAUUAAAUGACAUUUACCUUCAGUGAAAACAAUGAUGAUUAUCAUCAUUAAAUCACAUAAGCAUCACAUCAAAACCCCGAACAUCAUAAUCACCGCAAUCGUUUUCCCGUUUCCCGUUCCUCGUUCAUUGUUUUUGUUUUGAUUGUUUUUUUUUGUUUGCUCACAGUUCAAAUGGACCUUAUCAUCCUCUCUCUCAUCAUCAUCAUCUUUCUCUCAUUCUCUUAUCUUCCUGGCUCUAUCAUUCUUGACAAUCUCAUCAAUAUUAUUAUCUUAAUUCCCAAUUCCUCUUCCAUCAUCAAUUUUCACUCAAUUGCCAUCACUCGAAUCACUUUCUCUUCCUCUCUCUCUCUCUCUCUUUCUCCCUUAUUCCUUCAACUCUAUAAAUAUGUAUGUGUACAAAAAUUAUUACUAUUAUUAUUAUUGAUCGAAGAAAAAUGAUAUUAAAAAGAAACAAUUAACUUAA